AUGCAGCAAAUGUUUUCUCUGCAAGUCACAUCUUGUGAAACAUCAGGAGAGAAACCAUUUACAUGUUCUGAAUGCAACAAAUGUUUUUCCCGAAAGUCAUCUCUUCUUAUACAUCAGAGGAUUCACACAGGAGAGAAACCAUUUACAUGUUCAGAAUGCAGCCAAUGUUUUCUCUGCAAGUCACAUCUUGUGAAACAUCAGAUGAGUCACACAGGAGAGAAACCAUUUACAUGUUCUGAAUGCAACAAAUGUUUUCCCCGAAAGUCAUCUCUUCUUAUACAUCAAAGGAUUCACACAGGAGAGAAACCAUUUACAUGUUCAGAAUGCAGCAAAUGUUUUCUCUGCAAGUCACAUCUUGUGAAACAUCAGAUGAUUCACACAAGAGAGAAUACAUUUAAAUGA